GUUCAGCUUCGGUCCUUUGGUGACCUGGAAAGCCAUUUCCUCCCCCACGGCUGCCUGCCUGCUGCCUGCCUCAGCUGGCCGCUCUCUCCCCUCCCUCCCCUCCCCUCCGACCUUCCAACCUCCCCGUGUUGUUUCUUAUCCGGAACCCUUCCUUCCAAGCUAGCUAUCGAUCGAUCUAUCUGCCUCCUACUUAUCUGUCUAGUUUGACUGUGUCUACCUCCCACCGACCAUCUCCCUCCUCCUCAUCCUACUAGUCACUUCGUUCACACUCUACGAUCACUCGCUUUCUCCGUCCUGUUUGUGUCGGCGCGGGCGCUCCUUCCCGCCAAUUCCUCCCAGUCUCUCUUCUCUCCUCCUCCCCUCUUGCCCGAUUUCAAUCAAACGCCUCAAACCUUCAAUCCCUCCCCGUUAAUUCACUGCAUCACCCCGCCUUCCCUGUGUUCCCAUUCUCUGGGCUAAAACAAAAAAUGUCAUGGCAGCUGCCCCGCUAGAGAGCUCUAGCACCCCACCUGACGCUAGUAUCUCGACCGACUCAACCACCGAUCCAACGCGUCCGCUCGACCAUCCCAUGGAAGAGUCUGAUCCCCAAUCCACCCGGAAACGCCCCCGCCUCGACAGUGGGAGCGGUGCCUGUGAGUCGUGGUCCCUUCCCAACGAGACUUCCGCCGCUCGACCCUCCGAUCAGAUCCCGGAUGCUCCUGCCACAACCGGCCAGGAAGCUUCGCCAUCUCCCCCCGCUAGCCGAGUCGCCAUCAAGCUGAAGUCCCCCGUGGCCGGCAACAUGGCCGCUGCUCCCGACGACCCCGCCGCCGCCGAACUGCCCACCGCUGGUCCUCCCGCUCCGUCCGCCGACGAAACUGGAGCUGACGCCUCCACCGCGAUCUCGCUGUCGUCGUCGACCGCCCAGAGCCCGGAGAUCGAGGUGGCCGACCUGGAAGAUAUGGAUCAGGACCCCAAUACCUCCAGUUGGAAAUCCCUGGGAGACGCGAUGCGGGAACCAGUGACGCCGGACGUGGUGCAGCUCCACGACCAGCCGGCGCUGACGGAGUCAUUCCCAAGGUUGGACGUGACUAGUGAUUUGCGGGAGAACCUAGAGGAGAUCUGUGUCAUCAUUGAGAAAGCGGCAUCGCCCGACGUGCCAGUAUUCAUUGCGGUAAAGGUCUGGAUGGACGAAGUCGCAAAUAACUUGGAUCAGUUGUCGUAUGAAAUAUUGGCGGAAGACCGGGGGUUUUGGGAGGAGCUACCUACCGUUGUAGACAGCGUGUUGCGCAGGACCCAGGAUUUUCGACCUGAUCAAGGCCGCGGGCCCUGGGCUUGUUUGGAGGAGUUCUUUCUCGACUACGCUCAAUUGGCACUCCACAUCAUUCGCUUGGAUAACUUGCUCCUAAGGCAAGCUGUCGAAGAUGCCGAUGCGCAGAUGAUAGACCCCAUGUCGAGAUGCUACUUCACCUCCCUGGGUUGGAUCCUGCAGAUAAAUAUCAUCCCAUUCUUCCGUUCUAUGGAAAAGACACAUGCGCGCGAUAUUGCGAAUAUGGUCGCUCGCAUCAACGACCGGGUUGCUUCCCCGCCCUUGGAUAUUAUCCGCCAUUUGUCUGAGCAUGCCGCCUGCAUUAUGGCCCUUAUUACCCGGUGGCCACAGCUUUCGGCCUCCUUGGUCUCUAUUUUGACUAUUGUUCACAGCCUAAUAGAGUCGGGGAACGAGCGGAAGAGAUACCGGGCGGAUGAUGCUCUGGUGGACUCAGAUAUCUACCUUCGUACCAUGAAGCGUGCUUACGCGUUGGUGCGCGCCGCGGAUGAGAACUACCAGGCUCACAUAAGUAAGAAGUCACCUUGGGUUUCCAGUGAUACGAGCGAACCGAUGCUGCGUUACAUUUCAUUUUCCUACCUCACACUAUGCCUUCGUGAUCCGGAGUUUGCUUUGCAGGUCGCUCAGGAUCUCGCGUUACAACUUCCCGAGGAUCUGAACCCCGAUGAUCGCGCUCAUAUCAUACAUUACGGUUGGAAAUUUGCCGUCCUGAAAAAGCACAUCAUGGACGGACGAAUGGAGCUACGCGUCCAUGGUAUAGAGGCAAUGCAGGGAGAUCUGGUCAGUGUAUGGAGACAGCAUAUCCAAGGGACCAUGGAUGGCGUCGAACACCCCGUGGUCCAGUAUCUUGUGGACUUUUUGAGGCAGAAUCGGAUUGUCGAGUACAUCGUGGGGAUUGAUUCACAUCCUCAGCUAAUCAGCAGAAGUUCGAACAUUGCCGGAUUUCUUGUUGUCACGGGUACUUAUACCGAUGCCGAUACUGAUACGCUAUGGAAGACUGUAACCGAGAGCCCAGAUCCUCGGACAGUAUCCGAAGUGCUGGGCAUGCUAUGCAAGACCUUCCAUAUGCAUGUCCCCUCAUCGCCUGCAUUGGUAUAUAUGUGCUCCAAAUUAGUGGAUCUUCCACUGGCUCGCUUCGAUGCGCGGAUGGUGGAUUUCUGUGAGCAACUUCUCCACCAAGUGCGCGAGAAAUACAGCGACAGGAAUCGCCGAGACCUUGCCGAUCGGAUCCACGUGGAUGCUAUCCCACUGCGCUUGUGCGUGCGUCUGAUCCGCGAGAGUGCUGCUGCCGAUGAUUUGCCGGUGGAGCACAAGGCCCUUCUGCAGAAAUUCGCCGGCGCACAGCUCAGUUCAUUCAUGGAUAUCGGCCUGAGCGAGGUGGACAAGAUGGACACGUAUGAGCAAUGCCUUCAAGACAUUGCGGAAAUGAACCAAUUUACCGUUGGCAGCAUUCAAGCUCUGAACGCUCUUCUUCCCGGCAACGAUCCCCAGGAGCUCCGAAAACUUGCUGAGGAAUUCGACCUGACGCGUCUAGUGAUAAUCGAGAUGGCGCGAACCGUAGGGAUGGACCAAACGGACUUCACGGACCCCUUUUCUCUCAGCGGCUUUUCGUCACGGAUCCACAUGUUAGCCCGGAUUAUUGAUAUGGUGCCCGACUCAAUUACCCCGGCCUUUGCUGAUACGCUUUGGCGCAAGGUCUUCAUGUCAAAAUCCCUCGCGCAGCAAGGAAGGCGAAGCCUCUGGGAUAUGCUUUGUGGGAUUACCCGUUUUAGUGCUCAGGCGAAUCAGUUUAUAGGCCGCUGUAUUCAGGUUUACCUACCACAGCUCUCACCUGCCGAAGACUACUUCCCCGAGGUCCUUCAGUUUGCUAAGCAGACCAUCAACUACGAGGUUCGUUUCAAUCCUCCGUCAGUUGCCGGCGAGGAUGAGGUCGUUACGAUUCCGGGUAUGGAACGGAUUUGGGGCUUUAUUCUGACUGCUCCGCCUGGUACUAUUGAAACGGAUGCAACGAACUUUGCCAUCGAGGUUUAUCUCGACCAUGCGGUCAUCAACCGGUCACCCCGUUCUGCUGUUGAGGCUACUCACAUUGCUCUAGUGGAUCGUUGUGUCGACCAGCUUAAAUCCGCUGCAUCAAAGCUGAAAGCCUACCACGGGAAUGCCGGUGAGGCCUUGGAUGGAUCGUCAGAGGCCGUUGGUUCGGAAAGUGACGCGGUCCAGGCGGCUGAGUUGAGAUUUAGCCGCUCACUGCUCUUCCUUCGCCAAUUCUUACAGGGCUUGCGGAGCCGUCCUCGGUAUAGCCCACCGCAAGCCUUGCCUCUUGAUUUGCCCGGCAAGCCUGCCAAGGGCGAUAUCAUUGAUAUCCGCUAUCAGACAUUCAAUGGUGGCACACAGUCAAAAGUUCGCUCUUUGCAGAUUGGGGAUCUUUCAACUACUGCGGAGCUCAUGGAGACCCUUGUGCAGCUCACCGGGUUUACGAAAUUUGGUACAAUAUCUGGCGGUCGAAAAAUCGAUCUUCUUGAAAAGCCCGGCAGCACUAUUCGGGAGUUAAAGCUCGGCUCAGGACUCCUUCUUGUCCGCCGAGACCAAGACAGUCGCGAACUGGCAUUGACAGGAAGACGUCACUCUUUAACGUCAGUGGAUUCUGAAGUCCUCAAGCACUUUGACGAUCUUUAUGAUCUUCUUGGGCUUGAGGAUUAUCUGGCACGUGAGAUUUAUGAUUUUCUUGUUGUUUUCCCGCCCCAGGAUAGGGUUCUGCAGUUGGUGAAGUCCACCGACAAGAAUGAGGACGACAUUUUUCCAAUGGAUAAACCAUACAGUCUCCUUUAUUCGGUUAAUGCGCUUUCAGUGUGCCUGCGCGAAGAAGCCCUGGAGUCUUCUCCAAAUCAAGACUAUGUAUCUCACAGUGUCAACAUCUUGGUCUCUGCGUUGACGCGUCCUUCAAUGGCAGAAUCCUUGGCAGACAGUUCGGCUAAACUUCUCUUUGCUACUCAUAUUGUCGAGUGCCUUCUGUAUGCGCUCUUGGUUCGACCAACUCCUAACGAUGGGGCAUCAAUUAUACCAAAGCCCGCGGCGUUGGCCCAACAACUGUUUCACUUCAUCAAGGUGGCUCGGCAACUACCCAACUCCCGCCUUCCAGAACUCGGCAUUACAAAGCUGAUAUGCAACUCAUUUGCCGUUCUGACGGAGGGCUCUGUACGGGAUCUCGAGUUUUGGGAAACAGUCAAGCAACAGGCGCAAUUCAGUGACCUUCUAAAGUCGCUUCUCUUGGACGAGCAUCGUCAGUCCAUUCGAAAAGGCAUUGCAGAUAACAUAGCUGUCGCCUGUAAUGCUUCAAAGCUACUCAGGAAGCCGGCGAAGUCAGUUAGCUCGGAGACGCAGGAGACGCGAGGAUCAUCUGUUCCCCUUGAGGAGCCUGUUAGAAUCGACAUCCUUGCAACGAUCUGGGAAGCUUUCGUUAAAACUUUCCCGGUGACACUGGACUAUGCGCAACAGUCUCAAGAAUUCUUCGAAAUCGCCAUCAUGGUUUUCCGCUCGGUUGCGGAGAAGUCACCGCAAGACCUGGUAUUUAGCCAGUACUUGAAGCAGUGGAGCACCGUCAUGUUGCGCCAUCAAACAGAAGAGUUUGUUGGUCGAGAGCCGGUAGACCACCUUAUCCUUGGCUUUGCUCGGCUCCUGAGGUUAUGCUUAGAUCUGGCAAAUUCUAUCAACUCCACGGUGGAUACCUCCGACCUCGCCGAGAGUCUGUUCGACCAAUAUCUCUUCCCCGAUCUCUCCGUUCCUUCCUCCGACUCCGGUGUCAUCAUACCCCACGUUCCUGUCAUGCAUACACAGACCCGUCAGGAGCUGUAUGCUAUCUUGAGUCAGCUCUGCAAGUUUGAUAGCAACUACUCAAAGAUUGUAGAUCGUCUUGAAGAUUUGAUCCCGCAAGACUACACCUACUCUUCUUCCUGGGGCUUUGAUCGUUAUAAAAUGAUUCGGUCGGCGGAGGGUUAUGCCGGACUAAAGAAUCUCUCUAACACAUGCUAUCUGAAUUCUCUUCUCACCCAACUCUUCAUGAACGUCGGGUUCCGUGACUUCAUGCUUCAGCUUGAACUUGAAGAUCCGGAGUGCUCACAGAGGCUGCUCGUUGAGACGAAAAAAUUGUUCGGGUACAUGCAAGAAACGUGGACUAAGAGCGUCGACUCGCAGGCGUUCGUUGACACAAUACGCACUUACGAGAACGAACCGAUCGAUGUUACGAUCCAAAUGGAUGUCGAUGAGUUCUACAACCUCUUGUUCGACAGAUGGGAGGCCCAGAUCUCAGAUGCAGAGAACAAGAGGAAGUUUCGGUCGUUCUAUGGAGGACAGUUGGUCCAACAGAUCAAGUCGAAAGAAUGCCCCCAUAUCUCCGAGCGUCUUGAACCAUUCUCCGCAAUCCAAUGCGAAAUCAAGGGCAAGGCUACCCUUGAGGAAAGUCUCCAAGCCUAUGUCGAGGGGGAAAUCAUGCAAGGAGAUAACAAGUACUCCUGUACAUCGUGCGGGCGUCAUGUAGAUGCCGUUAAACGUGCCUGCUUGAAAGACGUGCCUGAUAACCUUAUUUUCCAUCUGAAACGUUUCGAUUUUGACAUGGUGACAAUGUUACGGAGCAAGAUCAACGACGAGUUUCAGUUUCCCGAAUUCAUCGACAUGAGUCCGUUCAAAGUUGAGUAUCUCUCAGACCAGACCGCCGAUAUUCAGGAAGACGUCUUCGAGCUGGUCGGUGUUCUUGUUCACAGUGGUACAGCUGAAUCUGGCCAUUACUACUCGUACAUCCGCGAGAGACCUACGGUGGGCGCCAGAGGCUCGUGGGUCGAAUUCAAUGACUCCGAUGUCAGUCGAUUUGAUCCGGGCAAGCUUGCGGAUCAGUGCUUUGGUGGUUAUAACGAUUCCCUGCCGUCCUCGUCCAUGGGUCAGGUCCGGUACAACAAAGUCUGGAACGCUUACAUGCUAUUUUACCAACGAGUUUCCAGCAUGGAUGCUGCAAAGAUGACCUACAGGCCCACAAAACCCCACUACCCCGUUAGUGUGCCCUUGCCCACCGAUCUUGCGAAUCACAUCGUGAUGGAGAAUGAGCUGUUCAUACGGACUUACUGUCUAAUGGACCCAUACCAUGCAUUUUUCGUCCGGUAUCUUCUUUCCGUGCUGCAUGAUGUGAAAGAUCCUGGGGGUGAACCGAGGACCAAGCUAGACAAGCAUGUCAUCUUCAUCGCCUUAGACACGCUGGAACAAUUGCUUUCGAGAACCAGAGAGCCCGUGGGUCUUGAAUUGUUUGUGACUGAUAUCCUCAGGAUAAUUACCGAUGUGCCAAAGGCUGCUCACAGAUCAUUGCAAUGGUUUGCCCAGAAGCCAGCAGCGAUCCGCAACUUGAUUCUAAGGAGUCCCCACGCAGCCGUUCGCAGCAGUUCGAUGCGGAUAAUCAUGUGCGCCCUUUCCAAGCUCCAUGAUCUCUACAAUAAGGAAACCGACAUCACUGAAAAGGAGAAAUGGGAAGACCGAUACAUGGAUGGAUUUGAAAAUGUGGUGGGUACACUGGACGGUCUGUGGUCAACACUCCAUACGGCCAGCCGAGCAUGGGACGAUUACUUCGAGUUCUUGUUCCUACUUGCAAACUUCGGGAAGUACGAGGCCGGAGUUGUGCUCAAAAACGGGUUUCUACUCAAGUGCCUUGAGAUCGUGUGGCUCGAGAAUGAAGAUUCGAAACGGCUAAGGCGCCAGUACCUGUCGCUUGUCAAACUGAUUGAUAAAGGUAGAAGGUUCUCGUACAGGAAACUGAUAGAUCUUAUGGCAAUGCUUUUGGCGCACAUUGAUCUCACCAAGCCGCCCACUCCAGAUGACAAAAGACGAGCUCUACCGAGUGCCAGGUACACCCUCACUGCGUCGGAGAAUGUUUUAAUCCGCGCGCUAGGGAAGCACAAGGAGCUGGCAUUCCUGAAAACCAUCCUGAUGCACAACUACAGUCCUCCGGCGAGCAAAACCAUUGUCACUCACUUUGUGGAUGCGGAUCCCGAUGCUGGCCUCACGGAACCAAUUACAAUAGUCUUGGAGCAAGGCCUCCGGAUGGGACCUGCCGAGCUAUGUGCCCCGUUUCUAGAGGCCGCGUUGAUUUACUGUCGGCGGGGUUUUGAUGAGGAUAGAAUCGCUAGACUGAUCGACUUUGUCGCUAAAGGAGUCGAAACCAUCAACGACAGCGGUGGCAAGGAGCAUCUCUCAUUCUUCACGAGCCUCAUGGGUAGUCGCAAUGAUCGGAUUGGGCUGAACGAAGCUUGGUUCUUGACGCAGCUUGUCGACAAAUCUCCGGACUGGGCCCCAACGCUGCUCAUUUUCCCAGAGAGAGCGGUCAGGAACAUGACCCUGGAAGUUCUUCGACAGAUAUUAUUCAGUGGCGAAGCGGAAGACAUGGGCGACGACUGGCAAACGCAUCAGACCGAAGUCGCCAGGAAACUGGUGCACACAAGCGUUGACAGGUUGCGCAAAACAUACCUCGCUGUCCCGGGCUGCAACGUUGAAGGCAAAACUGUGGAAACCAUUCGCACCGUGAUUGAACACUGCCUGACCACUUAUUUUGGUACCAGCGAUGAAGACCAAGAGGUCAUUCUUCAGACCCAGGACACCAUCGGGGCCAUUGAUGACUUGGUAGUCGACGUUCCGGAAGAGUUGGCGUCCGUGUCUGAUCUGCCUUCUUCAGAAGAAUGGGAUGAUAACUCCGCAAUGGCAAGUGAUUCUGAGAUGGGACUGGCAGGCUCUCCGUGA